UGACUACUUGAAUUUCUGCUCGCUCUUGAGCGCUGCCGAGGCAUUUGCAACUUGACGUCUUGUUCACUUUGUGCCGCUCAUUAUUUUGAUGCCCCCUAGGUUCUCUGCCGUCCUCGAUUAACUUUAUAUAUUUCACUACAAUAACAUGGCAGACAGUCUGAAGCGAUUCGAGCAAUGGGGGGCACUGUCUGACCUCGAUGAGGCCAUUGAGCACCAUCGAGCUGCACUCGCGCUCCGUCCCAAAGACCAUCCCGGUCGAUCCAUGUUUCUCAACAACCUUGCCAUCAGACUUCGUAGCAGAUUCGAACAACGGGGCGCACUGUUUGACCUCGAUGAGGUCAUUGAGCACCAUCGAGCUGCACUCGCGCUCCGUCCCAAAGACCAUCCCGGUCGAUCCAUGUUUCUCAACAACCUUGCCAUCAGACUUCGUAGCAGAUUCGAACAACGGGGCGCACUGUCUGACCUCGAUGAGGCCAUUGAGCUCGAUCGAGCUGCACUCGCGCUCUGUUUCCUUGGCCAUCCAUCUCUCUCAACCACCUUGCCGCCAGCCUCUAUGACAGAUUUGUGCAACGGGGCGCGCCGCCAUCCUGAUCGAUCUAUGUCUCUCAACAACCUUGCCAACAGCCUCCAAGCCAGAUUCGAACAACGGGGCGCACUUUCUGAUCUGGAGAAGGCCAUUGAGCUCCAUCGAGCUGCACUCGCGUUCCGUCCCCUUGGCCAUCCUGAUCGAUCCGUGUCUCUCAACAACCUUGCCAAAAGCCUUCGAGCCAGAUUCGAACAGCAGAGUGUAUCAUCAGACUUGGAGGAGGCCUUUGGGUUUUAUCUGCAACUCCAUGAAAUAUCACAUGCAGUCUCACGUAAGGAUCUUUCUACUGCGAAGUCAUGGGCCGCCUCUGCCGAGCAGCUGAACCACUACUCUGCAUUGGUUGCCUAUCAAACCGCAUUGGGGUUCCUUGAUCGGCACGUUGCUGCUUUAUCCUCUUUUUCCCGCCAUUUCGAUGUGAUCAGGGAGGCCACUUCAUCCAUUGCAAUGGACGCUUUAUCGUGUAGUGUUCGUCAUGGUACUCUCACCACUGCUGUGGAGCUGGUAGAACAAGGCCGUGCAGUAUUCUGGACCCAGCUGGCCCGCUUCCGCACACCGCUAGAUGAACUUUCUGCAUCAGGUGACACCGGUGAAGCCUUGGCAGAAGAAUUUAAGCAACUCAGCUUUCGCAUUUGUAAAGCGUUAGACGCACUAGAUGUAUCUCUUGAAGACCAGUUCUCGCAGAUCCGGGAACUCAUAAUUCAGUGGGAUGGUAUCAUCUCCCGCAUCCGCAUGCUACCCGACUUUGCCAGGUUUCUGCUGCCUCCGCUGUUCUCUGACCUGCAGAAGGCAGGAGAAGAUGGCCCAGUCGUUAUUGUCAACGCAAGUCGUUACAGCUGCGACGCCUUGAUUAUCUUGAGUUCCCAAGAUCCUGUACACGUGUCACUUGAUAUCACCCAAGCCGAGGUCUCUGAGUCGACCUCCGCAUUUCAGUUCCUCACAUCGCAUGCUGGCACCUCUGAUCACAAAACCGAAUUAUGCAAAAUUGUCAUGCUCAGGAAGUUCAUCCCUCGCGGCUCACGCAUUUGGUGGUGUCCUACCGCUGAGUUCACCCUGCUUCCUCUCCAUGCAGCUGGGCCUUACGAGCCGAAAAAUCAUAAUUUUUCUCACUUUUAUGUCUCCUCCUACACCCCAACUUUGGCCACCCUCAUUCGCGCAAGACGGCAGGGUUCUCGAGAUACCUCCGCUCAGCAUUUUGUUGCCAUCGGUCAAGCGAGCCCGGACGGAGCGAAGGGACUUUGGUGUGUUGCUGCUGAGUUAGGUAUCGUCGCUCAGCGUGUCGCACCCUUCUUGUCCUUUACAUCGCUUGCGGACAGUAAUGCAACAGUCCAGAGAGCGUUCGAUACAUUAAGCCAAAAACAGUGGCUUCACCUGGCCUGUCAUGGUAUGCCGAAUCGAGAAGAACCGUUUGAGUCUUCCUUCGCCAUGUACGACGGAUCUUUAAUGAUCAGGGACAUCAUACGAACUCGCUUGCAGGAUCCGGAGUUUGCAUUCUUGUCUGCUUGCCACACUACCGUGAGCGAUAAGAAGAGUCCGGAUGAAGCGAUUCAUCUUGCUGCAGCUAUGCAAUUCUCCGGAUUUCGCAGCGUGAUAGGUUCCAUGUAGACGACGAUGUUGCAGGCCAGAUCGUCUCUCUUUUUUACGACAACCUGGUUGACGAUUCAGGGAGAUUGGACUGCAAGCGUGCUGCAGGGGCGUUGCACAAGGCUGUGAAGACGUUGCGCAAGCAGAUUCCGUUUGAACAGCAGAUUGUAUCCAUUCACAUAGGCGUUUAGUUUGUUUGAGACCCGUUCAUCAUUUCCCACUUUUUAUUUGGUGUUUUCAGUGACUGAUAAUACCCUGUCGGCAUUAAAAUUUUGCAUUGGACUCUAACGCGCACAGAAUCUUUCCUGUGUACGUUGCGUGUAUCAUAAAUCCACUACCCUAGCUGUAGUUUUCUGAAAAGCGAC